AUGAGGUUUCUGAUCUCACUGUGUGUGUCUCUAUUGCUGCUGAUUAAUGCUUCCAGAUCUGAUCCGUGCUCUGAUUACACCAGUCUUGAUCAAUACUGGAGAAACAUAAGGCAAAUCUCAUACGGAUAUUAUCAAAAUGAUGACUCUCUUGUUGACUGGAGUGGCUGGUAUCGUCUGUAUCUGAAUGGAGAAAGCGCCCAGAUGUCUGAGUGGUGUGUGAACUACGUGACGUGUGGUGGUGAAACUGGACUGUAUCUCAACGACUCUCAUCCAACACUUGAGGACGGAGUGGUGACCCGUGAACUCUUGCAAAGUAAUUCAUUGUGGUGGAGGGACGACUGGGGCUCUCCUUUCGCUCAGUGUGGCGAAUACACAUCCCUUUCCAUCCAAGUCAAAGCCUGUCCAGGAGAUUAUUACGUCUAUGAAUUAAUCCAACCCAACAUAUCAUCCCCUGGACCAUCAUAUUGUGCAGUGUCUUUCAGCAGCAUCAGCAGUGAUCCCUGCUACAACUAUGAGUCUCUGGAUCGUCCCUGGAGAGCCAACAAUGAAAGUGAAGGGUGGAUUUGUGAUGAAUAUUUCUCCUGGAGCGGCUGGUACCGGCUUUUCUACUAUGGAAUGAACAUCCAGAUGUCAGAGACGUGUCUCAGUUCAUACAGCUGUAACGCAUACUAUAAUCUGUGGCUCAAUGGUCCUCAUCCUGAGAUAGAAGAUGGAGUGGUGAUCAGAGAAGUCUGUGGAGGGACCUAUUGGGGUGAAUGCUGUUCUUAUAAGACAAUCCCCAUCAGAGUGAAAGCGUGUCCAGGAAAUUACUAUGUUUAUGAACUUGUGAAUCCACAGUUUUGGUGUUCAGGAUACUGCACAGAUGUCAGCACCAUUUCAUGGCCGAUUUCCACUAUAAGUCCAGAUAUAAUCACUGGAUUCAACAUCACCUUGGAUUAUGAUCCGUGCGAUAACUACAACAUAUUAGACAACUACUGGAGAAGCACAUUCAAUUACUGGUCUAUGUAUGGAUUCAUCUCUGAUCAUGAUGACACUCGUGUUGAAUGGGACGGCUGGUAUCGACUCUUCAUUGAUGCAUCGAAUGCUCAGAUUCCUGACUGGUGUAUGUCCUACAUGUCAUGUGGAGGUUUUAGUUCUCUGUAUCUCGCUGGUUCUCAUCCUCUUCUGGAAGAUGGUGUUGUUACCCGUGAAAUUUACGGCUCUCACUAUGAUAAGUGCAGUUACUACACAUCUGAACCCAUCGAAGUCAAAGCCUGUCCUGGAGAUUAUUAUGUCUACAGAUUGACCAGACCAACUCUUUCAAUCCCAGUUCCUGUAUAUUGUGCAGUACCUUUCUUCACCCCAAGCGUUGAUCCUUGCUACAACUACACCAGUCUGGAUGAGCCUUGGAGGUCCACUGACAAUCCUUACUAUAAUAACUAUUACUAUAGCAUGUGUGAUUAUAAUGUGGAGUGGAAUGGCUGGUACAGGAUGUUCUACAAUGGUGAAAAUACUCAGAUGCCAGACUCAUGUGUUCAUCAGUACAUGUGUGGCACUUAUUACCCGCUGUGGCUCAAAGACCCUCAUCCACAGCUGGAAGAUGGAGUGGUCACCCGUGAGGUCUGUGUCUCCUCAUGGGGUGGCUGCUGUGCAUAUACAUCCCACCCUAUACGAGUCAAAGCCUGUCCUGGAGAUUACUAUGUUUAUGAGUUUGUCAAGCCAGCAUUUUGUGGAGAUUACUGUGUAGAACCCACAAGUCAGUCCAUCACAUCAGCGUCUCCAAUAACAGCGUCUCCAAUAACAGCGUCUCCAAAUCCACUCCCUCAAUCCAUUACUCCACCAGCCAUUGGUCCCUUCUUUGACCCUUGCUACAACUACAAUGUUCUGGACGAUUCAUGGAGAUCCACCAACAAUCAAUUUUCCUCUCAAGUAAUGUGUGACGCUUGGGUCAGCUGGAACGGCUGGUACCGUUUCUACAUUCAGGGUCAGAGCGUUCAGAUGCCAGACACAUGUGUUGAAGAGUUUAGCUGUGGUACUUAUGCUCCACUCUGGCUGAACGGAGGACAUCCAACAGUUGAGGAUGGAGUGGUCACUCGAGAUGUCUGCGGUCACUGGAGCAAUGACUGCUGCUUUUUCCAAUCCAAUCCCAUUAAAGUCAAAGCCUGUCCAGGAGAUUAUUAUGUCUAUGAGCUUGUGAGCCCAAGUACCUGCUAUUUAGCAUAUUGUGCAGACGCGUUGAACAUAAACAAUAACUACACUACGACAGGGACAACCACAACCACAGAAACCACAACGACUGUUCAUAGAAAUUCCUGUUCUGAACUCAGCUGCUCGGAGGAGGAAAAGUGUGGCAUGAAAGAUGGUGUUUAUGGCUGUUUUUGUGGAAAGGACCAUCACAGACGACAGCAACAUGUGUCUUUUGAUUUCACAGAAAGCUGUGAAAGCAGCUCUGGCUCCAUGUCUGUGUCUCGCUGUCAGCUCUUUGAGGCUGGUUUUCCAGCUGACAUCUUACACCUCAAUGAUCCCAGCUGCAGAGGAACGGUCCGGAACGGCAGUGUGGAAUUUCAUUUUGAUAACGAUGAACACAUUUGUGGUACUAGUCUUGUGGCCAACGGCACCCACUUCAUCUAUAGUAACUUUAUUCUGGGAACACCGAGGUCAGAAGGUCUCAUCAGUAGGCAGAAAAUCCUCAAGCUUCCUUUCAGCUGUGUUUAUCCUCAAACACAAUCACUUUCCAUGAAUGUGGAAAUCAACCCACUGGAGAGCAUUGUGCAUGAGACUUUUCCUGGUGAAGGGAGAUAUCAGGUUCGGAUGACUCCAUAUGAGGAUGAUGAGUUUACCCGGCCCUUCACUGGUAGAGUGGAUGCAGAGCUGGACCAGAAGAUGAAUGUGGAAGUUCGUGUUGAGGGGGUGGACAGCCGUCAGUUUGCUCUGGUGAUGGACACGUGUUGGGCUACACCUGUGAAUGAUCCUGAUUACAGUCUCCGCUGGGAUCUCAUCGUUAGAGAGUGUCCCAAUCCAAACGACGACACAGUGGAGCUGCUGCAGAACGGCGUCUCGACAUCCAGUCGUUUCUCCUUCAAGAUGUUCAUCUUCACUGCAAAUUCCGCUAAACUUUACCUGCACUGCGCUAUUCACCUUUGUCUUCUGUCGAGCGAUGGCUGCUCCCCGGACUGUAACUCUGAACAUCACUGGAGAGAGCACAGGUCUCUAGACUUCCACGACAGUGCUUCCAUAUCCAUGGGUCCUCUGAUGUUGUCUGAAGGAAACACAGAUAAGUUGGUUCCGGAGGACGGGAAUGCGUCUGAGGCUUCUUCUCUGUGUUCUUCUCUGAUGCUGUUACUUGUUCUUCUAAUGAGUGCCCUGGCCCUCUUGUAGUCACACACACAACAUGUUAUUCCUAUCAUCAUGGGGACUCUCCUUAAGUGCAAUGGUUUUUCUACUGUACAGCCUGUAUUAUCUAUCCCUUUCCCCUUCCCCUACCUCUCACACUAAACUUUAUGCUGUAUUCGAUUUUCAUACAAGUUAUUUCAGAAUGACUUAUAAGCUUAAAAAAUAACACACACACACACACACACACAUGCAAACAAAGAAAACAAAUAGAUUUUUAGU